AAAUUACAAACCUUCACGGGACUGGGUUGUUCCGAAGCCUCUCCCCAUACUCGCAUUCAAGCCGGCGAAGUACGCUGCUUACCUGAGCCGACCACACAGUCAGUGUAUUAAGGUUGGGUACGUGAGAUGACGGUGAGAGCUUCUAACAGAACUUUUAGAACCCCACAAUAAUCAAGGAGAGUUCACCCUGCUUUAUGGAGCAAUUUCGAAUUCCUCGUACCGCUCACUUUAAAGCAAUGAGAUUCUCUGCUGGGUUAGAUUUGGCCGACAAUCUCGGCAAGUACGGCUAUGCGUGCUGUAGAGGUUGUAGAGAGUUGAGAAUAAAUGUAUGAGCUGGUCCAUAUGAAGGAAGUCAAACCCUACCACGAACACCAAGCGACACUGCAACUCUCUAUCAGCAAGCAACCUGUACCUCAUUCCCAACCAAUCAUACACUUGAAAAAAAAACAAAGAUCGCCAAGUUCAACCAAAGGCAGUCCCAAUGCAACUGUUUACCCUCUCUACCUUGGCCGUAGCCCUGCUGUCGGGUCAAGCUCUCGCAGGCUGUGGCGAAGGGACUUUCAACGGCAAAGUCAAUGGAUACAAGCGAGUUUCGAACUGUAACCUCAAUGCAAACAACGUCUAUUUUUGCGGCGACUCUGGGACUUCCGUGGUCCACAAGCAAAGCCAGCUUGUUCUACGCGCUGGAAAUGUCGAUUCAACAGUCCUAGUUGCCUGCAACGGAUACGGCUUCUUAUAUCAUUGUUCAGCCGGCGAAACAGGCCGGUUCAGGGAGCCGCAAUGCAAGGGCGCGGUUUGGGAAGUUGAGAAUAUUAAGGAGACUUGAGAAGUGAUGUGGGAGACUUCAGACCGCUGUAUUUGAGAUGACACGUAAACAUAGAAGCAUGUUGAUGGUAGCAAAUAUUUGCUUUCGUUUUUCAGCUUGGAACUAGUAUUCUGGUAGGCGUUAAGCCAUGGCGAGGAGACAUUUUGGAUCUUGGUCAGGAGUAUCUAGAAGGUUCGAAGCCCGGGGCUGCGUUACGCCGAACCUAUUACAGGCAAUGAGACGAAAACAGUCUUUCGAAUUCCAGCAAAAUCUUGGAUCGAAACUGAUCGAUAAUCUUGGAGCCUGGAAGCCAUACUUAGUUUAUGCUGCAGUGGCUAUGUCAAGUACGGGAAUAUCAGGAUCCACGAGAUGAUUGCAAUUGCUCAUUAGCUCAGAAGUCCUA